AUGGCAUCCUCUCCAAAGCUCUGGAUCAUUCUCUUGUCCUCGGUGUGCCUCCCAUGCAGGCUGCUUGUACACAGCAAGGAUUUUUCAUGGAAGGAAUUCAUGGAGCGGCACUACCUAAGUCCAAACAGAGAAUUCAGCACAUACACUUGUGAUGUCCUCAUGAAGCAGAAAGAAGCUCCAAAAGACAAGAACCCCCACAUAUUCAUUUAUAUCCCAUGGUACAAAAUAGAGCAUAUAUGUGUUAAGAGCACUUGGAAUGAUCGCUACAGAAAUGUGUAUGUAUGGACCCAGAAUACCCUCAAAGUACUCAAGUGUAAUCAUGAGAAAUCUGAAAAUGUCUACAAAGAGAGUAGGGGUUACAAUCACAUUCAAUUCCAUUGUAACAUGGAUGGAUAUGUUGAUAGCAUAGAAAGCUUAAACUUAACAGAACCUAUCCUCUAUUAG